GGGCUCAAAGUCCCAAACUCUGAUCGAAAUAGGCAAAAAUAAGCAUACGUUUGAAGCAAAGUUAAUGAGUUUUAACUACCGUCUUAUCUACUUACUGCCACUCUCCCUCCACCAUCCAAACUCCAAACUCCAAACCGAGAGAGAGAAUCUAUUCCCUUAUUUUUCCCGAUGGAAAGGGAGCCUUUUCUCGGCUCCCAAACAGGGCCCCAACACCAACUCCUCCAACCCACCCCCACCCCCACUGUUCAAGUCCCUGACUCUGAUGAUUUCUCUUUCAAAAUCUCUCCCUCCCACAGCGAGCCUAAUCUCUACCACCUCCAACAACCCCACCAUCACCAUGUCCACCAACCAGACCCGCAGCCCUCUUCGUCAGGAGCCCCGAAUGCCCGCCAUCAGAAGAGACCCGGCACUCUCCACCGCUGCAGGACGGCCCCUGCUAUGGCCGUCAUGCGAGACCUCAAUCCACACCCAACAACCCAGGUCCCCAAACCACAAUCCGACUCCACCUCCAUCAUCAGGCAAGCCGUCUUCUUGCUCCUCGUCUACCUCUCCCUCGGCGUUGUAAUUUACUCCUUCAACAGGGACAAAUUCUCCGGUGUCGAAACCCACCCGGUCGUCGACGCCCUCUACUUCUGUAUAGUCACCAUGUGCACCAUCGGGUACGGUGACAUUGCUCCUACCACUCCCCUCACCAAGAUUUUCGCCUGCGUCUUUGUGCUCUUUGGGUUCGGUUUCAUCGACAUUUUGCUGAGUGGGGUUGUCAAUUUUGUCCUCGACUUGCAAGAAAAUAUGAUCCUGACCGGAAUUCAAAUGGGUCAGACUUCCCGGAAUCAUCGUUUCUCCGCCAGGAACUAUAUCGUCGAUGUGGCAAAGGGCAGGAUGAGGAUCCGACUCAAGGUUGGCCUGGCGCUUGGAGUGGUGGUUUUGUGCGUCGGCAUUGGGGCUUUGGUCUUGUGUUUUGUGGAGAAUUUGGACUGGAUUGAUUCUGUUUACUUGUCUGUUAUGUCGGUUACAACGGUUGGUUAUGGAGACAGGGCCUUCAAGACUCUCCAAGGAAGGCUCUUUGCCGCCGUGUGGCUUCUGUUUUCGACAUUGGCGGUGGCUCGGGCGUUUAUGUAUUUAGCGGAGGCUAGGGUCGACAAGAGGCACAGGAGGAUUAUGAAUUGGGUUUUGCAUAGGGAUAUCACUGUCCAGGAUCUGCUUGCUGCUGACAUCAAUAACCAUGGUUUCAUCAGCAAGUCAGAGUAUGUUAUUUACAAGCUUAAAGAGAUGGGAAAGAUAGGGGAGAAAGAUAUACUGCAAAUCUGUGAUCAGUUCAGUAAGCUUGACCAGAACCACUCUGGGAAGAUAACGCUGCCUGACCUGCUGGCGCAUCGCUUGUAGACUUGAUAAGGUUAAGUCUGGAUUCUGCUCUUUUUGUUCAAAGAAACAGACUCCUUUUCUCAUUCUGGUGAAAGCAUGGGAAUGUUGAAGACAAAGGCCCUUGCGUUGUAUAUUCCUAACAAACUAUUCUUUGAAGAUUUAUGCAUUGCAUAUAAGCUUUGCCUUGCAAAAGAUGAAGUGGAUAGACAUUAUUCUGCACCGAGCUGCUGUACGAGGAUUAUAGAAGAACGUGAAGUGCAUAGACAAUUUGUCCACAGUAAGUUAGAAUCUCUUCCUUUUAUUUCUAUUUUCCCUUAUGAUACUGUAAUUGAAACAAAAAGGAAUCGAGAAAAAAAGAAGGCCAUGUGAUGGCAUUGGCACGCACAUGGGUUCCCUGUACUUGCAUCGUGUAAUCGGAGAUACAUAUACUCUCCUGAAUUCAUUAAGUAGUCUGAUAUACUUUCUUUCCUUAUUCAUGUUUCAUUUCUUGUUUUGAUACUAUAAUCCUAUUUUUUUGGUAGUUUGCUGAAUUGCAGAUGAUAUAGUUUCCUGGUUCA